AUGCCCACCAAUGGCACACAGCCCAUACCGCACCCAAACUCGACAGCCCGCUAUGGCAUCUUCGAUGAGAAGCAAGGCCACGUCCUCAGCGACUUGCCCUCCGAGUGCCGCUUCCAGAACCUAAUAAUUGGGUUCUGGUACUACGCUCUGCCGGCCUCGGGAGGCCACACGGCGUGCCUCGGCGGGCCGCACUACGACUUCCCGGGGUGGUACUGCAGCGAGACCUCAUUCUGGCCUCCGGCGUACAUCGACAGCAUGGUGGCAGCAGUAACAGAACAGACGACCAAGGACGGGCAGUUCGAGGCGAGCGGGAACGGCCACUGGACCGUAAACUUCGACUGGUUCACGACGGCGAUCCCGGACCGCGGGUUCACGGCGCAGGCCUUCGAGGACCUCGUCCGUAAUCACCUGCAGCGCUGCGACGAGGCGCCGUAUAGCUGUUGGAGGCAGCAGACUAAGUACUGGUACAGGGCGGACGGACAGGAGAUGUAUUUGACGUAUGAUAUAGGAGGUUGGCUGGCGGGUGAUUUCUGCCCACCCCUUUAA